AUGUUGUCAUCCACCAACUCCUCCCGGGCGGUGCGCUCGAUGGCCUCCUUCGCAUCGCGAGCCACCGCCAGCUCUCCCGCAAUCUCCCGCAGUGCUUUGCGCUCCCCCGCAUCGUUCGGUUGCCGCUCCUUGAGCUCCAAUAGCCGACCUCUUCAACAAUUCCCCCGCCUUCAGUCCCUCAACACCAUCGCCAACAAGAGAGCUUUUGGCACAACCCUCAGAAUGGCUUCCGCUCCUCGUACCGAAAGUGAUGCCUUUGGCGAAAUCCAGGUCCCCGGUGACAAGUACUGGGGUGCGCAGACUCAGCGCUCCCUGGGCAACUUCGACAUCAACCAGCCCCAGGACCGCAUGCCCGCCGCCGUGGUCAAGGCUUUCGGUAUCCUGAAGGGUGCUGCUGCCACCGUGAACAUGAAAUAUGGCCUUGACCCUAAGAUCGGUGCGGCCAUCCAGCAGGCUGCUGCCGAGGUUGCGGAGGGCAAGCUUUUGGACCACUUCCCCCUCGUCGUUUGGCAGACCGGCUCCGGCACCCAAUCCAACAUGAACUCCAACGAGGUCAUCUCCAACCGUGCCAUCGAGAUUCUGGGAGGUCAGAUGGGCUCGAAGAAGCCCGUUCACCCCAACGACCACGUUAACAUGUCCGCCUCCUCCAACGACUCUUUCCCCACCGCCAUGCACAUCGCCGCCGUUAUGGAGCUGGAGAACACCCUGCUUCCUUCCCUGAAGAGCCUCCGCGAUGCCCUUCAGGUCAAGGUGGAGAAGUUUGAGAAGAUCAUCAAGAUUGGCCGUACUCACUUGCAGGACGCCACUCCCCUGACUCUUGGCCAGGAGUUCUCCGGCUACGUCGCCCAGCUCGACCGCAACAUCGAGCGUGUGCAGGCCUCGCUCCCCCACCUUCGGUUCCUGGCCCAGGGUGGAACCGCCGUCGGCACCGGUCUCAACACCUUCAAGGGAUUCGAUGAGGCCAUCGCUGCCGAGGUCUCCAAGCUGGCCGGUACUGAAUUCAAGACCGCCCCCAACAAGUUCGAGGUCCUGGCCGCCCAUGACGCCAUCGUCGAGGCCUCCGGCUCUCUGAACACCCUUGCCUGCUCUCUCUUCAAGAUUGCCCAGGAUAUCCGUUACCUUGGAUCCGGCCCUCGCUGUGGUCUGGGCGAGCUGGUUCUCCCCGAGAACGAGCCCGGCUCCUCGAUCAUGCCCGGAAAGGUUAACCCCACCCAGUGCGAGUCCCUCACCAUGGUCUGCUCUCAGGUUAUGGGUAACCACGUCGCUGCCACCGUUGGUGGUAUGAACGGCCAGUUCGAACUGAACGUCUUCAAGCCCGUCAUGAUCCACAACCUGCUGCACAGCGUGCGCAUCCUCUCCGAUGGCAUGACCAGCUUCAAGAAGAACCUCGUUCACGGUCUUGAGGCCAACGAGCCCAGAAUCAACAGUCUCCUUCACGAGAGUCUGAUGCUUGUUACCUGCCUCAACCCCGUCAUUGGCUACGACAUGGCCUCCAAGGUUGCCAAGAACGCUCACAAGAAGGGUCUCACCCUGAAGCAGAGUGCUAUGGAGCUCCAGGCUCUGAGCGAGGAGGACUUCGACAAGCACGUUCGCCCGGAGCUGAUGUUGAGCCCCAAGGAGAAGAAAUAA